GAAGGAGGAAAUGUGGUCUUAUUGUUAAGUGAAAAGUUAUGCCUCUCAAGAAAUUACUACAUUUACAUGCUGACAUCUUGUUAGCUUGAAUGCUAGUACCAGCUGGGUUUUGCCAGUUCUAAAAGAGUGCGAAAACAACUACAUUUAGAGAAAGUGCAAGAAACACGAUUGGUUUCUACUACUGGUCUGGUUUCCUAUUUUUACGUGUGAAAUCUGCAUACAUUGAUUAGAACACCGUUUAAGUCAGCGGAAGGCAUUUUCGUAAGGUUACGCAAACUGAUUUUCCCUGCCGUCACUUACGCCACGUUUGCCAAAAGGCUAUAUAUAGAGAGCUCCGGUAGUUGACGUCACGCAAUAACGGCAUGCAACCGUCGAAAUUAAAACACCGCCAUAUUGUCAAGAAAGUGCGGUUUUCAAAUUACUGUCAUGUAUACCAAUGUUAGCAGCUAACUUGUCUCUUUGGCAGCUGUAUUUGAACAGUGAACAUGGUAGAUAGCUGUUACGUCCCAGGAUGUCAGAAAAGUCGGGGAGAAGCAAAUGGGAGAGCAUUUUAUCGGAUUCCCAAAGAUCCUUUAAGACGACAGAAAUGCAUUUCUGCUAUAAAACAUGCUAGAAGCGAAGCGAGCAGAAGAAAACAGAGCGGAUUCCGCCAAUGUAUUGAUCAAUUAAUAUCAGGUACAGAAUCCAACGCUUCCUCACUUCAAUAUCUUGUUUAUUUUACAUACUUUUAUUAUGAUUCCUUUCCUAUGAUGCAUGCAUUGUGGAUGUGGACUUUGUGGGGCUAACUUGUUGCUCACACAGCAAUGAGGAACUCCCAACACAAAGUAAACGUGGGAUUAUAAAUGCGUAUGUUUGUAGAACUGCUACAGUCUUCCCUAGGAAAAAUUCCUCUUGAAUUCUUCUCCUUAGGCCAUGUCAGCACUUGUGCAAAGCACACCUGGGGCAUUGUAAGGGUCAGUAAUGUUAAAUUUAUGAAGUUUUGCAAUAUAUUGUUCAAUUUCCAUGCAUUUAAAGUGCUUGCUCAAAAAUAGAACACAAGAUACUGAAUUGCUGCAGCUAUAUUUACCAAAAAUAUUGUUCUAAUUUGUCUCUAGGAUUAGGCAAUGCAGAAUGAAAUGAAUUGCAAUGUAGUACAAAGGCCAAAAGCUAAAGCAAAACAACCCCUGCACUUUUUUUUGAUUAGAUGUUAAAAUUCCACAUGUAGCACUUGUCAGCACUCCCAUGACUUUGUUUCACAUACCAAAAAUUGUCAGCACAACAAUAUGCUAAUACAAGCAGUGGCUCAAUAUACUGUUAUUAGUAUCAACAUGCUGUGUUGAAAUUGUGAUGACUCUUUCUCAGAGAUUACACUGAUAAAUUUAUUCUGUCCCAAGUCUGCCCUCAAUUUGUUUGAGCGUUAUUUAUUUUUGUACCACUGAUGAUCAUUCAGUAUUCAUAAACCAAUCCAAUACGUCUAGCCAUCAGACAAACCAGCAGCAGGGGUUUAAUGUGCUCGGGAGACGGAGUGUGCUGCUGGAAGUUUGUUACUGCAUUAAACGGAUGAGUAACUGUUUCCCUGGUGCAACUUGUAUAGACAAAUUUAUAUUUGAAGCACAUUUUGAGCUUGAUUACUCUUUAUUUUGCCAUAAAAUUGAUUUAAGGAUGUGAUUCAUGCCCAGUGGUGUGAUUCAUUCUGAGGUUAUUUGCUUGCAAUAGAAACAAAAACACAGGCAGGUUAAGUUUGUGCCAUGUGCGCACCCUGUAUAAUGUCAAAUAACAGUUCCACAGGAACUCUGACUUUCUCAGGAUGGUUCCAAGGACAACAAAUCUGUCUGAAGGAGUGGUCACUGAAAAUAAGAAGGUAUCCAGCUCUUCACUGAUACAAUAAAAACCAGCAUUUUUGUCGAGAUGCAACUUGAUGUCAUCCGGCCUCUCUCCCUUGGCAUCCUGACUAAUGCUGUCUAUCAACUGACCCUGUUACCUGCUGAUCAAAAUGAAUGCAAGCCCCCGAGGAACAGAGUGGAAGCAGCUUUGUCCAGAUACAGAUUGAUUUCUUUAACUGGGUUACCCUGGAUCUCUAAUUACUGCCACCCCACCAUGCCUUCGUAACCUUUUGGCCCAGCUGUCAAGAGAAGAGGAGCUGUAGUGCAGAACCCAGGGUCUGAUAGAGGAGGCACUGUAAAGACGAGGGAGACCUUGAUCAAUAACUAGAGAGCUCAGCAGCCAGGAGAAUGCCAAUAAUUCAUUCAUUCCAAGACACAGUCUCGGUGUAAACAAAAGGGCCACCCAUCUACAACCAAGAUGAAAACACAUUGCAACUUGCUACGACUCCCAGACUGGUGAAUACAGACAACAGCAACAUCUACAGCUCUACACACACCAGAAUGGGCAUUAAGAAGCUCAUCAUCUUUCUCCUGGUACUCUCUCUUUGUCUGGAGGGAGGGUCUGCCAAAGAAAAAGGGACAAAGAAGGGAAAAAAGAAAGGGAAGCAGGUGUACUGUCCAUCACAGCUGUCAUCUGAGGAUCUGGCACGAGUCCCUGCGAAUUCAACCAGUAACAUCUUGAACAGGUUACUGAUCAGCUAUGAUCCCAGAAUAAGGCCCAACUUCAAAGGAAUUCCUGUGGAAGACAGAGUUAACAUUUUCAUCAACAGCUUUGGCUCAAUCCAAGAAACGACCAUGGAUUACAGAGUCAACAUCUUCCUGCGGCAGCGCUGGAACGACCCCAGGCUGAAACUACCGCAGGACUUCAAGUCCGAUUCUCUCACUGUUGAUCCUAAAAUGUUCAAAUGUCUGUGGAAACCCGACCUGUUCUUUGCCAAUGAAAAGAGCGCCAACUUUCACGAUGUUACCCAGGAGAACAUUCUUCUCUUCAUCUUCCGUAAUGGAGAUGUCCUCAUCAGUAUGAGGUUGUCCAUCACCCUGUCUUGUCCGCUGGACCUGACAUUAUUCCCUAUGGACACACAGAGGUGUAAGAUGCAACUUGAAAGCUUUGGCUACACUACGGACGACCUGCAGUUCAUGUGGCAGACAGGAGACCCAGUGCAAAUGGAUGCCAUCGCUCUGCCACAAUUUGAUAUCAGACAAGAAGAUAUUGAUUAUGGAAACUGCACCAAAUACUACGAGGGAACAGGGUACUACACAUGCGUAGAGGUUAUCUUCACCCUAAGGCGACAGGUCGGCUUUUACAUGAUGGGUGUUUACGCCCCCACACUGCUCAUCGUAGUCCUCUCCUGGCUGUCCUUCUGGAUCAACCCUGAUGCAAGUGCUGCCAGGGUCCCCUUGGGAAUCCUCUCAGUGCUCUCUCUGUCAUCUGAGUGCACCUCCCUGGCUUCAGAGCUUCCCAAGGUGUCCUACGUCAAGGCCAUCGACAUCUGGCUCAUUGCUUGCCUGCUGUUUGGUUUCGCCUCGCUGGUGGAGUACGCUGUGGUUCAAGUGAUGCUCAACAGCCCAAAGCGCAUCGAGGCCGAGAAGGCCAAGAUAGCAUCCAAGGAGAAGGCUGCAGGAAAGAGCCCCGCUGCCAGGAACAAUACAGUCAAUGGGACCGGAGGGACGCCGCUUCAUGUCAGCACCUUGCAUGUGGCAGAGACACGCUGCAAGAAGGUGUGCACCUCCAAGUCAGACCUGCGGACCAAUGAUUUCAGCAUCGUGGGCUCGCUCCCGCGGGACUUUGAGCUGUCGAACUUUGACUGCUACGGGAAGCCCAUUGAUACCGGCAGUGGUCUCGGCAAAUCCCAGGCCAAGAACAACAAGAAACCUCCUCCUCCUAAACCCGUCAUCCCCUCUGCUGCCAAAAGAAUUGACCUGUAUUCCCGAGCCCUCUUCCCCUUCUCCUUCCUCUUCUUUAAUGUGAUUUACUGGUCCAUAUACUUGUGAUUACCUUGAAAUCAUCUUGUAUUAUUAACCCCCCACUUCAUUCCCAUUAGUUCUUUAUUGAUGAGAUCACAUUCAAAGAGUUUGAUUCCAAAGUGAACACUGAGAAAUGUGAAUAUAAAAUGACUGCUGAGGAGAAAGAAAAACUAUGUAUUAUUAUUAUUACAUUUAUCUUCACAUAAAAAUAGACAUCUGUCAUCUAUUUGUGUAUUAAACAAUGAUUAUAACGUAAUCUUUCUUAACCUUAAAUGGAUAUAUAGCAUCUUAUGUUGAAAUAUUUUAUUUAUCGAUAAUGGUACUUGAGAGGAUAAUGCAGGAUUGCAGAUAUAACUAUUGUGAUGAAUGGUGUGUAAACAAAUCCACAAAGAUUGAUUGCAUAAUGAGCGAGCAGAAAAUGCACAGAUCUAUAAAAGAGCAUUUGUAAAUAGCUGUUUGAUUUUUUCACCCUUGGGAGUCUGCCUGCAAGUUUAAUAAGUUCAAGCAUUUUAUUUAAGCUUCAAUGCAAAGUGUAACAUUGUAAUUAUCUUGCAUGUCAAAAAAAAGCAUGUAUACGAAGAUAGAAUAUAAAAAUAUAUAGUAUUUAUUAAAUUUUAUUAUUCUUAUGAGUUGCUCUUGAGAAGAUAAGUGGAUAUGUGAAACACUCCUGUUCCUGUCCAGAUGGUCAUGUGACACUGCCACCCCACCUACAAAUGUAACGUUUGACAUCUCCCAACUGUAGCGUAUGUAAAUGGGUCACUGGUGACGUGACCAUGUCUUUGUGAAAUUUACAAGCAAAGAAAAAUAAAUGAUCAAAUGACUUUUCACCAUUUGA